AUGCGUUACUCGUGGUUGAUCGGCGCCGCCUGCGCUGCAGGAGCCUUGGCCAAACCUCUUGAUAAGCGGUCCUACAUAACCGACUGGACCAUCAUCACCGUCACCGAGACCAUCACUCUGGCUCCCCAGGCCGCUCCCACCGCACCCGUCUCCAAGGUCGACCCCUUCCCCGUCCCGGUUCCGGUCCCGGUCCCAGCUCCCGUGGAGCCUGAGCCUCCCGUGGUGGUCACCACGGCCGCGCCGGCGCCUGUGCCGACCACCACCGCCGGCACCGUGGAGGAGCUGCCCGAUACCUCCUCCGAGUGGACCUCGACCUGGACUUCGUCGGCGGCCAGUCGGGUGGUGGAGCCCACCACCCUCGUGACUGCUGCCCCCACUGCCGCCCCUACCGCCCCUGCCAACCCCGGCAACGCUUACCAAGCCGCCAUCCUGUACAACCACAACAUCCACCGGAGCAACCACUCCGUCAGCUCGCUGACCUGGAAUGCCACCCUCGAGUCCAGCGCCCAGGCCCUGGCCGCACAAUGCAUCUACCGACACGACACUGACAUUAGCGGUGGUGGUUAUGGCCAGAACAUCGGAUACGGUGUCUCCUCGGAGGAGAUUGGCGCCAUGAUCACCAACCUGAUGUACAACGAUGAGUUCGGCUACUAUCAGAACCUGUACGGUCAGGCCAACCCCGACAUGACCUACUUUGAGAAGUGGGGUCAUUUCUCCCAGAUUCUGUGGAAGGGCUCGGUUUCCGUGGGUUGUGCCACCGUUGUCUGCCCUCUUCUCGGCAACGUCGAUUCCAGCGCGCCGUCGCCGUUUACCGUUUGCAACUACUACCCUCCUGGCAACUAUGCGGGUGAGUAUGCCGAGAACGUCCUUCCUCCGAUCGGACGCGCCUUCUACGCUGCGUAA